AUGUCCAUCACAUCCAUGUUCUCAAAACGAAUGCCAGUUGCAAGAUCAACCCACUUUAGCCUCCAAAUUGUCCACAUGUGGGGACUUUAUAGAGGUUCCAAGCCUUUCUCCGCUAAGGACCAAAAGGAUUGGCAGGCCGCGUGGUUCGGCCAGCACAUGCCGAACCGCUGCCAUCCAAGAAAGGCUGCAGCAUGUGAGCUUGGUCUGCGGCUUUCCAGUCCAGGCCAUUCAAAGCCAGGUGGAACCUUAGGAUGGCAGUGCCUAUGGCUUUUGACUCUAUUUAUCACACUGCUCAAUCUACCCACUGUAGCUGCUUAA